AUGAUUCUUCUUCUAAUCGUCGAUUUCCGCCGUCACAAAUUCUCCGUCCCUUACUCCAUCUCGCUUCACAAACUCCGCCGUCCUUCAAUAUUCACCGCCAUCUCACUCAAGCUUCAAGUGUUCUCGCCAACUCCGAAUUCAGGUGGAAAUGGGCACACAAGAAAUAAAUAUAAUAAUGGUACAACCGAGAAUAACCAUGGGAAAGAGACUCAAACCUUGGAGACGAUUACUGAGGAAAUGUUGGAAGGAAAUGAGACAUUUAAAGACAAACCACCACAACUUUGGGUGGAUGUUAUCAAGGGGAAUCGAUUACUAGCUAAUGGAAGUGAGCUUACAUACACUAUCCCUCAAACAAUUAAUGGUAAAGUUGAAGUUCAGAUUGAGGAACAAGAUGUAGUAUUGGAGAAAGAAUUCUAG